UCGGAUUCCUAACCUCAAAUAUUUUUCGUCAACACGUGAAGAAAAUGCCCAAUGUGAAGUCAAAAUCGGAUAAAUCCCUCGGAAAAGCCCUCAUAAAUGAUAGAUUAAAGAAGCGUGGAAAGCGGAGGACAGUCGAUAAUGGAUCUAUGCUUCAUACGACGGAAAUGAAGGAUGGCUUCGACUGGGGUCGAUUGAAUUUGCAAUCAGUGACGGAGGAGUCCUCCUUUCAGGACUUCCUGAGAACAGCUGAACUUGCUGGGAAGGAAUUCCAAGCGGAAAAGCUCAAUGUUACCUUUGUGACGGCAAAUGCAAACUUUGGGGUACUCAGUGAGGCAGAACGGGCAGAAGCGCAGCAGAAGCAUCAGGACAAGCAGGAUUUGCUGAAGAUUCCCAGAAGGCCCAAAUGGACGCGUGAGACAACGGCGGAGGAGCUGCAAAUGCUGGAGAAUGAGAGUUUCCUCAAUUGGAGACGUUCGCUGGCGCUGCUGCAGGAGGAAGGAGGUUUGCAGAUGACGCCGUAUGAGAAGAAUUUGGAUUUCUGGCGUCAACUGUGGCGCGUGAUUGAGCGAAGUGAUGUCGUUGUGCAAAUUGUCGAUGCGAGGAAUCCUCUGUUGUUCCGGAAUGAAGAUCUGGAGAAGUACGUGAAGGAGGUGGGAGAGGAGAAGGAUAACAUGAUCCUGAUCAAUAAAUCGGAUUUCCUGACGGAGAAUCAACGCAAAAUCUGGGCAGAUUUCUUCGAUAAGCAGCAGAGUCGUGUUGUCUUCUUCUCAGCUCUACAGGCGAGUGAGCAAAGCCAGAAACUCGAAGAUGUCCGGGAAGAGGGUGAGAAGGAUGAGGAAGAUGCUGCAAGAAGCCCAGCAAAGGAACUUUUGGAGAAGAUUGACAGAGUUGAGGAGAAAAUGAGCAAAUUGGAGAAGGAUUUGGGGCAAUUGAUGAGGCAGCAGGAUGACGAUGGAUGGGAGAAGAAUAGUCCGGAAAUUCUGUCUCCGGAAGAACUAAUUCACCUCUUCCAGGGAAUCCACAAGAAUGCGAAGAAGGUAACAGAGGGCAUCACAACAAUUGGCCUCGUUGGGUACCCAAAUGUGGGCAAGAGCAGCACAAUCAAUUCCCUCCUGACGGAGAAGAAAGUCUCCGUUUCAGCCACUCCCGGAAAGACAAAACACUUCCAGACAAUUUAUCUGCAGAACGAUCUCCUCCUGUGCGAUUGUCCGGGUCUGGUGAUGCCGAGCUUUGUGCUGACAAAGGCUGAAAUGAUCCUCAAUGGAAUCCUCCCGAUUGAUCAGAUGCGAGAUCACGUCUCGCCAAUCAAUCAGCUCUGUCGCUACAUCCCACGGCAUGUUCUCGAGGAUAAAUACGGGAUAAUGAUUCCCAAACCCACAGGAAUGGAUGAUCCCAACAGACCUCCGCAUUCUGAGGAAUUCCUCCUGGCCUAUGGAUACAAUCGUGGCUUCAUGACAGCCAAUGGGCAGCCAGAUCAAGCCAAAGGAGCUCGCUACAUUCUCAAGGAUUUCGUCAAUGGGAAGCUCCUGUACGCCUACGCUCCUCCAGGGUAUGUCCAGGAGGAAUUUCACACCUUCCCGGAGAGACAGCGCGCCGUGAGGACGUACAUUCCGCCCCAGGAGCAACGGGCCACGCGUCUUCCCGGAUCAGCAAUGACAGAGGAGGAAUUCGAUGCAAUCUACUUCAGCAACAGUUCCGCCGAUGCCCACGCAAAGGGACGCCGGAAUCUCCCGCAUGUGCGUCCCGUCAGCGCCUCCAGCUCCACGCAGAGUCUCAACAGUGUCCACAUUGCGGGGAAAUCGUGGAAGGGUGGCAAGAAGGAGAAGAAGGUGAAGCUGAGGAAGCAAUUUGUGCAUCUGGAUCAACACUAAGUGAUCCACAAGAUGACUUCCACUGUGAAUGCUGUAAAAAUAAAUUUUAUUUGGAAUUUC